UAAAGUCUGAAGCCUGCUCUAAUCCAAAUUAUAUAUUAGCUUGGUCAUUUUGAAAUUGGAAACUCUCUUAUCGCUCAAUUUCGGCCGACCUUCAGAUAAAACUGGUUGCCAGUUUCCUAUUCUGGCAGUACCUGUUCAUAGUUGUACCAAGGAGGAAGAAAGAACGAGAUGAUUAACUUAUGUAGCAUUGGUAUUGGAGCCACUGCCAAACUACCUUUUGAGGUUCUUAGUUGCAAGUUAUGGAUGAUGCGAGGAAAUUCUAGGGCCAAGAAGAAAGAAACAAAAGAAGCAGCAGCAUUAGGUUUCGGUGGAUCAAGAAAGGAUCAAGAAAAAUGGCAGUGUGCCCGUGGCUGUGGUGCUUGUUGCAAACUUGACAAAGGCCCGGCUUUUCCUACACCAGAGGAGAUCUUUGAGGAUGAUCCAGUCCAUCUUCAACUUUACAAGAGCCUCAUAGGUCCUGAUGGGUGGUGCAUACAUUAUGAACAUGCCACCCGUACCUGCUCCAUUUAUUCAGACCGGCCCUCAUUUUGUCGAGUCAAGCCAGAUGUAUUUAAAAAGUUUAUUAUGCCAUUCCUGAGUAGGCAGAUUUAA